GACUGAUGUUGUAACAACCCAAUAGCCUGGUUAAACUCUCUGCUGGAGUUUAGUUCCCAAAACUUUUGCCAGUUUUAUUGGCACAAAUGGGCUAAGCCAUAAGCAUCCACACUUAGCCUGAGUCUGGCCAAGAUCUCACAAGCCAUGUGCCCCACUGGCCCAGAAUGGAGCAGCUGGUAGUCGUUCUCUUUUGGUGCAGCCCUUCGAGUAGGGUGACUAGGUGUCCAGUUUUGGACUGGUCCAAAAGGGAUCCUAGCAGCUCCGGUCAGCGCUGCUGACCGGGCCGUUGAAUGUCCGGCUUGCGCUGCGCCGCAGCGGGGCUGGCAGGCUCCCAGGUCGGGAAGCAGCCGACGUGUCCGGCUCAUAGCCUUGGCAGCUGCCGGGGAGGGGGUCUGCUGCUGCCCUGCUCUCAGGCGCAGCUCCCAUGGGUGGGUGAGGGCAGGGGAAGAGCUAGCGCCACUCAAGCAUUCCGCAGGUGGCUAUUGCGGGGUUGCAUGGCACGCGUCCCUCCUGUUGUUGCCCGGCCCUCUUCUCCUCGCGUGGCAGGGCUCGAGCUGUGGCACAUGCCCUGCGGUGAACCGCGGGCUGUUGCCCCAUCGCUGGCACCCAGGAGUUGAAGGAUGAGUGUACUGGAUUGAAGAGCACUGGGGAGACACCCUGUUGUGGAUGCCGGAGAAGCAUGUAAUAUGCUGCACCUACACUGCUACAUGAGAGGGAGAUAAACAGGCUGGAACAUCCCCAGGGCCCUGAAAUUGGGAUGAAAAGCUGCAGCUGCAUGCCCACCUUUUCUUUGCAAGUGGAAGCCAUGCAAAGGUCUCAAAAUUGUUCUGUCCCCUGCUACAAGAAGCACAAAGAACAGUGUAUACCAACACAGGAUCAGGUUGUAAAGACGCUGAUUACAGACACAUCCUCACCUUUCAGAAGAGUUAAACCAGUGGAAAAUGAAGGAAGCCAUUGGUCUGUAGAUGAUAUCCUGACAGAAGAUGAUGAGGUGGACAGAGUCCCACUGCAGAAACUCAAACUCUUAGGGGAGUCAAAAGAACUGAGAAGCUUACUACUCAAUCCCCAUCUGCAGCAACUUCUGCUAACUGUAGAUCAAGCCAAAGAAAAAGAUUCCCUCAUGAAAACAUAUAUGCAAGAGCCAUUAUUUGUGGAGUUUGCAGACUGCUGCUUGAGGGUUGUUGAACCUCCAGAGAAAGAGAAUUGGCUUUUGGAGUGAGAGACUCUUCAGGAACGGAACUAACUAUGAUUUUUUCUAAACCUAGAAGAAACAUUUUAUUACCAUGUGCUUUGCUGAAAUAGCCUCAGGUGGUUCUCUCUCCCCCUCAGUAAAACAUAUUUAACUCCUGGAUGUCUGCACUCUAAUUCUCACCUCCAGCAUUGUCAUACGGUAAGCUUUGUCACAGGUAGUUGGAGAGAGGAAUAUGUAUGUAUCUACUGGAUGUAACUGAAGGUUAGUGUUUUAGUGCUGUGACUUACUUUCUCUUAGUACAGGUUCCAUUGCCAACAGUGGCUGUGCUAGGCAUUGCUGCUGUCAAGUGUGUAAGGAAGGAGAGGUUAGAUUAAGUCCCCUAGUGUUUAAAACUUUAUCCUUCAAGCAUUUGACAAACCUUGCUGAGAAAUUAGAGUCCAGAGAGCUGCACAAGUCAUUUAUUAAAAUGCUAGGUAGAGAAGAUUAACAAAACAUAUAUUUCCGUGCCUUAGGUCAAGUAAGAGGGAAAAGUCGUUUUGAGCUCUCUUGCGCUCUAAAGGUUCCCAUGCUAAGAAACACUUCUGCGCCUACACAAAUCUGUGAGCUUAAUGCUGGGGAUGGAUGCAACAGUGAAGGGCUCUGGCCCUCAGCAGCACCAGGAGGGUGAAACUCGUUAUAUACUUUUAUUUGAGUUUGGACCAAUACAAUCUAACUGCUUAAAAGCAGCAUGUUAAUUUUUUUUUAAGACUGGGCUCAAUAUAUUUGACCAGCUGAUGAUCCCACUUUUCCGGAGACAAUUGUGUCCAGCACUAAGCUCCACCAAUUGCAUUUUAUUCAUAAGCAUUAGCAACCUGCUGAAUUUUAGUGCUCUUAGAGAUAAAUGGCUGUAUGUUUGCCUCCUGGGGGGAGAGGGGGGAUGACAGACUGGAUGACACCUAGUAGUGUUCAGAUUUCUUGAAAAACUCACUGUUGACCUCUUACUUUUCCCUAUGCAGUGGAGUGUGGAAAGGAUAUUUUACAUUAGAUCAUAAAGCUAUUUGUUCAAUUAUUUCCCCCAAAAUUUUAGUUCUAUUAAAGGUUGUUGUGAUUCUGUUUGU